AUUGUAUGUAGCAUGACCCGUUCGCAGGUCGUUUCAUCCUCGUCGCAGGGUCUCCCCACGGAUACCACGGCAGUAAUUUGUCUAGCGGACGCUGCCGCCGGAGCGUCGCCGUUGCAUCCACUCAACGCGAAACUCCGUCUCUAUCUACUCCAGCAACUCCGUGCGGCGGAAGACAAUCCCGCCGUGACGUCUCUCAUCCUUACGGGUGGAGGUCCAAACUUCUCGGCCGGUGCCGAUUUGACCGAAUUCGCCUCGUUGAUACCAGCAGCAGCAACAACAGUUCCAACACCCAGUGACGUCGGGCACCACCAUCCCCACGCUGCCCCUUCCUUGAUUGACGUCGUCACGGCGAUAGAAGCCUGUCGCAAACCCAUCGUGGCAGCGAUUGACGGAGUCUGUUUGGGUGGCGGUUGUGAACUGGCGCUCGCCUGUCACGCACGGGUCGCCACGGCCCGGGCUCGUCUCGGACUACCCGAAGUACACGUCGGGGUCAUACCCGGGGCCGGAGGAACCCAACGAUUGCCCAAACUCGUCGGACUUCGGCAAGCCUUGCCUAUGAUUCUACAAGGAUCCACCGUGUCGGCUGCUAGUGCCUUGCGCAUGGGAUUGUUGGACGCGAUUGCUCCGGAAGCGACCGCGGACUCCUUGCGAACGACCGCACGGCAGUGGGCGGCGUACGGAGAAGUCUUACCCACCAUUCGGCGGACGGGAGACUUGCAGCGUCCGGAAUCACCCGCGGAAGCGCACGCACUCCUACACGUGGCGGAAUUGAGUCUCCCCCCGCUCGGCUCGCACGGCAUGCGGGCCGCCAUUCAAGCUCUCCGAGCCUCCGGUACCCCCAUCCAGCACGGAAUGCGACGGAGUCCGCAAGGACGUGCCCGACGGCACGUCUUUUUUGCCACCAGGCGAGCACAAAAAGUGUGGAGUCCGGUGUCGAACGCUGUCCCGACGGCCGGACCUCCGCACGGGCUCUGGUCCAAGGACGACGCACAGUCGGCCGUGCCCGUCGCCGUGGUCGGAGCCGGUACCAUGGGCAGUGGUAUUGCCCUCGUCCUGCUCCAAGCCGGCUUUCACGUGACAUUGGUCGACGUCCACGCGCCAGCUUUGGCCAAAGGAAUGGAAUUUCUAAAACGCACCCUCGCCUCUAUGGUUCAACGUCGUCAACUCAAACCGACUCAAUUAACCGCACUCGAGGCAAAGUUACGGGCAACGUCCAAUUUACAAGAAUUGUCGCAGUGUCUACUCGUGGUCGAGGCCGUCGUGGAAAAACUUAUCGUCAAACAGAGCAUUUUUGCCACGCUCGACAAAGUCACUCCCCCGACCGCUCUGCUCUUGAGCAAUACCAGCACGCUAGAUAUUGACGCCAUGGCGUCGGCCGUUUCCAGCCGCCGGCGCGGAUUGUUCGCCGGUUGGCACUUUUUCUCCCCCGCCCAUCGCAUGAAACUCGUCGAAAUAGUCCGUGGAUCGGCCACGUCCGACGACACCACGGCGCUGCUACAAGCCUUGACGAAGCAAAUUGGCAAAAUCGGGGUUGUGGUGGGCAACUGCGAUGGUUUCUGCGGCAAUCGCAUGCUUAAACCCUACUCGGCCGAAACCGUACUCCUCUUGACGGAGACACAGACCACUGUAGCCGCACAAGAUUACGCGAUUCGGGGAGUGUACGGAAUGGCCUUGGGACCUUUCGAAAUGGCCGACUUAGCCGGAAAUGACGUCGGCUACAACAUUCGCGUAGAACGUCAGUGGGCCCGCAGAGCCAGGGACGAUCCCCUUCCGCCCAACCGCCCCGCGCGGUAUACGGAACUGCCCGACGUGAUGAUAUCUGAUUACGGUCGACUGGGACAAAAGGUAGGAAAGGGAUGGUACGACUACGAUUCGAAUAUUGGCAAAGGUCGUAAGCCGUUGCCGUCGUCCGAAAUGGAUGCCUUGAUUCGACGGUACCUGGCCCCCAAGCCAUCGCCAGCUUUGGUCGCUGCAGAAAUAAUAGAGCGGGUGUUGUACCCACUGAUCAACGAGGGCUUCAAGUGUCUCGAGGAAAGCAUUGUUCGCCAACCCAGUGAUAUUGAUGUGGUGUACGUGUACGGUUACGGCUGGCCCGUGUGGAGGGGUGGUCCCAUGUAUGCGGCCGAUCACGAGAUUGGCUUGCCUCGUCUGCUGCGAACCCUUCGUGAACUGUCGAAGCAAUUUCCCACUACGGAACAUUACGUCCCGUCGGCGCUACUCGUUGAAUGCGUCGCACGGAAAGUAACCGUGGAAGAGUACUAUCAGAAGAACUAUCACACGGCAUCGACUGGAUCAGCAAUGCUCUCCAAGCUUUAG